CAUCACCCACUCAAUUCACAGACUUGACCUGUCCAUUCUGAUUCCGUGUGCGCCACCGCGGCAUGGCUCCGGCGGCCGGCGCCCCCGUCGCCGCGCUGGGUGACGACCUCCUCCGCGAGGUAUUCAUCCGCCUUCCGGACUCCGCCGACCUCCUCCGCGCAGCCGCCGCCUGCAAGCCCUUCCUCCGCGCUGCCCGCAGCGCGCCCUUCCUCCGCCGCUUCCGACGCCGCCACCCCUCUUCUUGCCCGCGCUUCGUCGGCUGCGUCAUCCUCUUCUCCAACCGCCACGGCGGCAAAUCCCACUUCGUACCCAUCUAUGUUUCCUCCUCAUCCCCCUCGUCGUCGUCUGCGGCAGCGGCCGCCGACGGUGGCGACUUCGCCCUCUCCUUCCUUCCCGGCGGCGGUUGUCUGGGCCAGGGCGCAGCCACGUGGAAGCACCUGGACUAUCGCAACGGCCGCCUUCUCCUCGAGAACCUGGGGUCCCAUGAACUCGCCGUCGCGGAUCCGAUCUCCCACCGCUGCGUCUCCCUCCCCGCUCCUCCUGCCGGGCGAGCCGUCGGGUACGGCCUCUUUGCCGACGACGGCGAUUCGUCGGAGUUCCGGGUGGUUUGCAUUUCGCGGGACGCCGCCUCUCCCGAGUUGCGCGCGCUGGUCCUGGCAUCCCGCGAGCUCUCCUGGGCCGACGUCGCCGGCAUCGCGUGCCAGCCCGAUCCAGCCGCCGGCUCCCGGGUGAUGCAGGCGAACCGGUCGCUGUACUGGAGGCUCGAGGGUGGGGAGCGCAUGGUGGCGUUCAGCACGGCGUCCAUGGAGCUCUCGGUUCUGGGCCUCCCGCCUGCCCUUCGGGAGCUUCGCAUCGACGCCGUCGACAGGGGGGAAGAGGAGGAUGUCAAUGUCCUCCACCUGCUCACCAUGAGCGGCUUCCGCGUCGAGGUGUGGGCUGGCACAGCCGACGGUGAUGGUGGGAUGGUAUGGAGGCGGGUGGAGAAAUCGAUGAGGUUCCACAAGGCACUGACGGAGAUGAUCGAUCCUUUAUUCCAGUCAUACCACCGGAAUGAGGUUGAUGUCGUCGGAGUGGCCGCUGGCCUUGUGUUCUUUCGGCAGUGGAAUCAUCUCUUCUCCGUUGAUCUUGAAACUAUGAAGCUCGAGAAGUUUCCAAACGUAGAGCCCAUGGGGGCGCUGACCUAUCUUUACACAAUCGCGUGGCCACCCUCUUUCUUGAAUCCUGCUGGACAAGGCGGUUGAUGUGGUGGGGAGCUAGUCAUUGUAGAGGCAAUGGUGGAAAAGGAAGAAUCUCAGUUGUUCUGAUGAAGCCUUGGGGAUGAUCAGUUGCUAUAGGUUGUGAUUGUUCUGAUGAAGUCUUGGGGAUGAUCAGUUGCUAUAGGUUGUGAUUGUUACUGGUUUCUCCUGUGGCCUUGGCCCUUGAGUCCUAUAUUUGCUUUUUUUUACUAGAUUGGCACAAUGUUGUCCGUACACUCAACGAUGAGAGUAUUGUGUUUGGUGGUUGUGCUCUAGUUAUGCUCCUUAGAAACUGCUUAGUCGUUGUAUAUCUCUAAUUAUUUUGUGCCAAUUUCUGGAUCACUCCAUAUGGUUUGUCACUUUCAGUUGCUUCCACAAUUGUCAUGUGCAUUCUGAACAAGGACUGGGGAUUGAUCUAUCUGAUGGUGGCUUUUCACUCUGCCUGAAGCAAUUUGAUCUAUCUGAAGAUUCCCUCUGUUCUGCAGUGGACAAGGGCCCUUGAGCUACACUAUACUAUCAUGUAUCUUGUUCCCAUCUUAUGUAUGAGUAUUGCACUGUGAAUGUGAAUAUCUGUACCAGGGGCUUCAUUAUCGUUGAUAGCAAAGCAUUGCCUUCUGUGUGAA